CGGACACCUCCUACGUCGAGUUUCUCUUCUGUACCAGCAACAGUGGUGUGAGGCCUGGCUUCUUCGGCUAGUUAACGCUGCUCUUCGUGUUAGAGCUUCGCAUCUAUUUUCAACUGCGUUCUUGUCCAGAGCCGGGAGGGUUUCCGUAAAAUCACGAAACUGAAUUAUCACUUGCAGGAUCAUGGUUGGAUUCAGGAAUAGGUAUAUGGUGAUGGAGGUAUUCCUUGACCCAGAUAAGGGUUUUGGAGGUGAUGAUCCCAUCAUACUUACCCAAUUUAAUAUCUCAAAAGGAAUAAAAGAUAGUCUUCUUGAGAACUUUGGGGAGUGUGGUUUAGCUUCAUCCCUAAUUUCCUUCCAAGUGAAAUAUGUGAACCCAAUCACGAAACUUUGCAUCAUCAGAGCCUCAAGAGAUGAGCAUCAGAAAGUGUGGGCAGCAAUUACCUUGGUCAGAAGAAUUGGAAAUUGCUCAGUUUUGUUCAACUUGUUGGAUCUUAGCGGAAGUAUCAAGGCAUGUAUAAAUGCUGCCCUCAAGUGUGAAGGAAUGAAGUUUGAGCAUCAUAAGCUUCUUCUGGGAAAUCGUCUGAAGGAUGAUGAUGUAAACCAACAAUUGCAGAGUUCCCUUGAAAAAAUCAAAACACUAGAACAUUGACCACAUUGUUCUAUUAAAUUAGCUUUUACAUUUUUAUUUUUAUUUUUUUAUUACAUACAAAUUCAGUUGAAAUUUCAUUAACUUCCUCUUUGGGAGUUACUUUC